UUCUGUUUUGGUCCAGACAAGGGUUUUAAGAAGCAUGGCUUUAACAGAUAGGAGACUUGAGAACCUGCAGAUCUACAAACUUCUUCAGUGUGUUCGGGACAAAGAUAAGAAGCAGAUAGAGAAGCUGACCAAGCUUGGGUACCCUGAACUGAUCAAUUUCACAGACCCCAUUGAUGGACUCAGUGCUCUGCAUCUGGCCUCAGUUUCCAAUGACAUUGAUAUGGUCAGCUUUCUCCUGGGACUGGGUGCUCACCCUGAUGUGCAAGACCGGAUGGGCUGUACACCCACCAUGAGGGCUGCAGAACUGGGCCACGAACUGUCCAUGGAAAUAUUAGCCAAGGCGAAGGCCAAUAUGACUAUCGUGGAUAAUGAAGGAAAAGGUAUUUUGUUUUACUGCAUUUUACCUACGAAGCGGCACUAUCGCUGUGCUCUGAUUGCCCUUGAAUAUGGUGCAGAUGUCAACAAUUGUACCUUUGAUGGAAAACCAGUAUUCCUUACAGCUUGUGAAACCGCACAUGAUGUUAAAGAUGUCUGCCUGACAUUCUUGGAAAAAGGAGCCAAUCCCAAUGCUAUCUACUCAUCCACAGGCCGCACGGUGUUAAUGGAAGCGGCAAGAGAAGGAGUGUUGGAACUGGUCCGAGGCAUAUUGGAGAGAGGAGGUGAAGUGAAUGCAUUUGACAAUGACAGACAUAACGCUGCUCACUUUGCUGCUAAAGGAGGCUUUUUUGAUCCCUUGGUCCUCCUGGCGCAGUUUACAACUCUCUGGUGGCUGUGUGGGAGGGGAGUUGAGGGGGCUUCGGAGGCCUUCAGCUCUCUGACUUUUGCAGCACCUGUCAGCUUCAAGUUGAGAUGUGACCUGAAAUGGAAGAAUUUAGAACAUAAAACACCCAGAAUUGUGGCCAAGGACGCAGGCUUCAAACUCGCAAGCAAAGAAAUAUAUCGAGCAGAGAGAACCGCUACUCGACUAGCCAAGCCCGGAGUUAAAAACCCCAACCCGCUCUGGGCCCUCAGGCUGCAUGACUGGUCCAUAGAACAGGAGGCUUUCCUCCGCGAAGCUUUCUCGGUUGGGGACCGGGGCGAUGGGACCAUCUCCAAGGAGGACUUCGUGUUGACGCUGGAGGACAGACAGGAUUUUGCAAGCUCGGACCAGCUCCUUACCAUAGCUCAACUUCAUGAAAAAACCCGGGGAGCAGGGGUCAACGUGAAUGAGUUCUUUAAAGGAACCAAAUAUUUAAGCAAGUCUUACGUAUUGGGAUCUUUCGGGGUUAAGAAAAAGAAAAAAGGGAUGGGCAAAAAAGUAAGGAAAGGCAAAUUUGUUCUACCCCUCCCAGUCUGCGUCAUUCCGGAGGAGGCGUUUCCACGCCGGCAGGACGGCGGCCCCCCUUAUUACAUGAUAGAGACCUACUCGAACGUCACGGACGCCCAUCGAUUUAACAGAGACCACCCGCCCGAGCACCCCAUUCAGGACGACUCUGCCUGGUACAUCGACGAUCCGGGCAAGGUCUACGAAAAUAUUAAUUUCAUCACCAAGGCAGGUGACUUGGCUUCUCUGAAAAAGGCUUUUGAAUCAGGCAUCCCUGUGGAUAUGAAGGAUAAUUAUUACAAAACCCCGCUAAUGACGGCGUGUGCGAGCGGGAACAUAGACGUGGUCAAGUUCCUUCUGGAGAAAGGAGCUAACGUUAAUGCAACAGAUAAUUUUCUGUGGACUCCACUUCAUUUUGCAUGCCAUGCGGGCCAACAAGAUAUUGUUGAGCUUCUUGUUAAAGCUGGAGCUUCAAUAGACGCACUGUCAAUCAACAACUCAACUCCUUUAACUAGAGCCAUUGAAAGCUGCAGGCUGGAUACUGUAAAAUACCUACUUGAUAAUGGUGCUAAAUUUCAGCUGGAAAAUAGAAAAGGGCAUAGUGCCAUGGAUGUUGCAAAGGCAUAUGCUGAUUAUAGAAUAAUUGGCCUGAUUAAAGAAAAGCUAGAUAACUUGCCCAAACCAGCAGAAAAUCAAAAAAUGAAGGGCAGACAGUCUGUUAAAAUGAAGACCGAAGGCCUCGAAGUGAAGAAAGAAGAGGAAGCACUUUCAUCAAUUUAUACUGUACCACCCAUACCAGAGGGAAAGAAAAUACAGGCGGAUAAUGUGGUUUCUCUCAAUUCCUUGAUUACCAGUGGUCAUACCAAGAAAGUGGAUAUCACAUUUAUUCCACAGAGAGUUUGGAGUCCUGAACCCACAACAGCAGACCUGAUUAGGAAGCGGGAACUACGGCGGGAGAGGUUUACCUAUGAGGUGGACUUUGAAGAUUUUAUGAUGCCUUUUCAGAAGAACAUCACAGAGAAAGCUCGAGCAAUGGAAGCUGCUUUAAAGAUCUAAACCAUAGCAGUUACUUCUUAGAAUUAAUGCUUUGAGGCCCUGGGACCAAAGUUUGGAAACACUAGAGAUUUCCAUUAAAGCCACAGCUAUCCAUAGGUUAAGAAUAUGUUACCAAGUAUUUGCUUUUGCUUGAGCAACUAUAAAUAUUCUGAGAUGCUGAGAGAA